ACAGCUAACAAAUCAGAGUAUCUACUACUUUAACUUAUAAACGAAUCUAGAAAUUGCAUUUAUACUUAGUCAAUCACACAGAGUUACGAACACUGCACACCAGAUCCAGAUUGUUCUCGGUGAUCGUUCCUCCCUUCAAACGCAAGCAAAACAUGAAACCCUUCGCGACCAAUCGCGAUCUCCGCAAAACCCCAACGCUCAUCAAGAUCUCCGCCGUAAUCCUCGCCACCGCCGCCUUCUUCUACUUGGGCAAGCACUUGUCCAACGACGGCUACAAGCAGCUCGUCUUCUUCUCCUCCUCCUCCUCGGAGAACUCGAUCCCGGAAGUCUCAAUCUCUCCCAACAGCAACAAAACCUUCAAUCUAUCCUCGAUCAUCCCUCCCAAUCACACCGAGAUCGAAACAGCACAGCCGAUUCCCUCACCAGUGACGGCGACGGAGACGAAAGCUAAUCCUCCUCCGAUUCCGAUUCCGAUUCCGAUUCCGAUUGCCUCUCCGCCUCCGCCGGCUCCGAUCCGGACCUUCGGGGUACUAGACGCGAACGGCGUGAUGUCCGACGAUUUCGAGGUAGGUGACUUCGAGGACGAAGCUAUUGAAGAGUCACGGAACAAGACGGAGAUCGUAGAACUGAGAAACGACGGCGUAUCGAGACCUAGAGUUAGGGUUAAGAAGUUCGCGAUGUGUCGCGAGAGUAUGAGAGAGUAUAUACCUUGUUUGGAUAACGCUGAUGCGGUUAAGAAGCUUAGAUCGACGGAGCGUGGAGAGAAGUUCGAGCGUCAUUGCCCUGUGAAAGGCAGAGGGUUGAAUUGCUUGGUGCCGUCUCCUAAAGGCUAUCGUCAGCCUAUUCCAUGGCCUCGAAGCCGUGACGAGGUGUGGUUCAGCAAUGUUCCUCAUACUCGGCUUGUUGAAGAUAAUGGUGGACAAAACUGGAUUUCAAGAGAUCCACGAGAUAAGAGCAAGUUUAAGUUUCCUGGUGGCGGUACACAGUUUAUUCAUGGAGCUGACGAGUACUUGGAUCAGAUCUCUAAGAUGGUUUCUGAUAUCACGUUUGGCAAGCGUAUUCGGGUUGCGUUGGAUGUUGGUUGUGGCGUGGCGAGUUUUGGUGCUUAUCUAUUGUCACGCAAUGUUUUGACGAUGUCUGUUGCGCCAAAAGAUGUACAUGAGAAUCAGAUUCAGUUUGCUCUUGAGCGUGGUGUGCCUGCUAUGGCGGCUGCAUUUGCUACGAGGCGUUUGUUGUAUCCAAGCCAAGCGUUUGAUCUUAUUCAUUGUUCGAGGUGUAGGAUUAACUGGACUCGUGAUGAUGGAAUUUUUCUCCUUGAGAUCAAUAGAAUGCUGCGGGCUGGAGGGUAUUUUGCUUGGGCUGCACAACCUGUUUACAAGCAUGAGGCGGCUUUGGAAGAACAGUGGACAGAGAUGCUGAAUCUUACGACUAGCCUUUGCUGGAAACUGGUAAAGAAGGAAGGAUACAUUGCAAUCUGGCAGAAGCCCCUCAACAACAACUGUUAUUUGAGUCGUGAGGCUGGAACCAAACCUCCUCUUUGCGAUGAAUCUGAUGACCCCGAUAAUGUUUGGUACACAAACCUGAAACCUUGUAUCAGUCGCAUACCUGAGAAUGGAUCUGGAGGCAGUGUUCCUUCAUGGCCUGCCCGUCUCCACACUCCACCAGAUAGGCUACAGACGAUAACAUUUGAUUCCUACAUUGCUAGGAAAGAACUAUUCAAGGCAGAGUCAAGAUUCUGGAAUGAAAUAGUUGGGGGUUAUAUCCGUGCCUUAAAGUGGAGAAAGAUGAAACUAAGAAACGUUUUGGACAUGAGAGCAGGCUUUGGCGGAUUUGCAGCUGCACUAAAUGAUCAUAAACUCGAUUGCUGGGUUCUCAGUGUAGUUCCUGUCAGCGGGCCUAACACAUUGCCCGUCAUUUAUGAUCGUGGGCUAUUAGGAGUAAUGCACGAUUGGUGUGAACCAUUUGAUACAUACCCGAGGACAUACGACUUCUUACAUGCCUCAGGACUCUUCUCAGUCGAAAGAAAAAGAUGCGAGAUGUCAACCAUCUUGUUAGAGAUGGACCGGAUAUUGAGACCGGGAGGGCGAGCAUACAUUAGGGAUACAAUAGAUGUAAUGGAUGAAAUUCAAGAGAUCACAAAGGCAAUGGGUUGGCAUACAUCUCUGCGUGACACAUCCGAGGGUCCUCACUCAAGUUACAGGAUUCUAACAUGUGAGAAGCGUCUCCCUCGAGCUUAAUACCACACAAAACCACACUGGCACUUAGUCUACACAAAGCAUAUCGUUUGGUAAUAUCUCUUUACUGUUAGUAUUUCUUCUUCCCCUCAUUAUGUAACUGUAAAUUUGAUUGUGGUGUAUUACUGAGUAAAGUCUUACCUAGUCCUCAGACUUUUAGUAACAACAGUUCUGCAUUUGCUAUUCUGUUGAUUGUAACAAAGGAUCCAUAAGAAAAUAAAAAAGAAGCUCGCGACUUUCUCCAA